AUGAUCGCACUUGAAGGUUCUAGGUCAAGCGAAGACGAUGUUGGAGAGCCGCUUUUUCUGACGCCUCUAAUAGAGGCAGGAAAGUACGAAGAAGCCUUGCAGAAAAGCAGGGUAGGCAAGAUCGGCGACAUUCCAGAUGUGACCAGCUACUCGGGCUUCAUCACCGUCGACAAGGAGCUGGGCAGCCACCUCUUCUUCUGGUUUUUUCCCGCCAGGGAAAAUCCCGAAAGCGCACCAGUGUCGAUGUGGCUUCAGGGGGGACCCGGGACGUCUUCACUGGAAGGUCUGUUCGUGGAACAUGGUCCUUACUUCAUUGACGAGAACGGCGAUCCACAGCUGCGGGACAUGACGUGGACACGAAUCAUUUCGAUGCUGUACAUCGACAACCCGGCGGGCACCGGCUUUAGCUUCACGGAGAGCGACGAUGGCUACGCAACCAACCAGGAUGACGUGAGCCGAGACAUGCUCGAGCUGCUGCAACAGUUCUUCACACUGUUCAGUGACUACGCCUCCAACGAUUUCUACAUGUCCGGAGAAUCCUACGGCGGAAAAUUUGUCCCGAGCAUCGGUGCCGCCCUGCACGAGUCCAAAGACAAGCUCCGGGUGCCGAUCAACUUCAAGGGCAUCGCUAUUGGUAAUGGCAUGACAGACCCCAUUACUAUGCUUCUCUACGGAGACUUCCUGUACUACAUCGGGCUCAUGGACAAGCAGCAAGCGAGGCACAUGCAAAACGAGUGCGAUCGUGCGGCGAGCCUGAUCCGGGAAGAGAACUACCUGGAUGCUACUCUGCUGGCGACCUCUCUCAUCUUAGGCACUGUCGCUGGAGAAACUACGUACUUUGGAAAUGUCACGGGCUACGAGUACUGCUACAACUAUCUGAUCACUCAGAAACCCGAGCCGCAAGAGCGGUACAAGUAUUUCGUCGACACCCCUACGGUGCGCAAAGCCAUUCACGUCGGGCAAAUCCCUUUCGAAGGCGGAUCAACGGAAGUUGCGGUCCACCUUGCUGUAGACCUUAUGAAGUCCGUUAAAGAACGGUUGACCGUGCUGGUGGAAAACUACAAGGUACUCGUCUACAACGGUCAUCUGGACAUCAUCGUCCCAUACACUGCAACCCAGGCAAUGAUGGACUCCCUGCAGUGGUCGGGUAGCGAGGAGUGGUCGAACGCCGAGCGGAAAAUCUGGCGCUCGCACGACGGUCAGCACAUACAUGGCUACGCUAAGAACACGAGGAACUGCACGCUGGUCCUCGUUCGGGACGCAGGUCACAUCCUUCCGUACGACCAGCCGGAGGCAGCGUACGACAUGAUCAACAGAUUCAUCCACGAGGAGCCGUUUGCAGCGUAGGACACGCACAUCAAUCACAGAUCGCGGAAUAGCGGAGUACCCGAAGACCGUCUUUUCGAUGGGCGAAGAGACAGUACGCCGUCGCCAGAAACUGUGAUCUCUACUUUUGUUCUUGUUAAGGGGGUGUGUGUUCUCUUUUAUUUCUUCUUCCUUUUUCUCUUCCUUCCUUUCUUUUUUUUGAGCUUCUUGCCCUGCGGCAUAUAUAUACACUUAAACAAAAGUGCGGACGCACCCUCAUGCAUAAAUUGCAAUAGAGGCUUAACGGAGUUAUCGUCCAUGAGUCAAUACGCGUAACCUUGGCAUCCUUAUGUAGACACCUUGGCAGCCUUUAGAAUCCUCUCUCGAGUUACCCUCGCUUCUGGGCAUAGCCACAACAGAUGGUCAGUGCUCGUUGUAGACGCUGGAGCAGCGCCCUUUCGACAGUUCACUAGGUUGUUCAGGGGAUGGACUCCAGGCCCCGGCGACGGAAACAUACAGACUGGGAUACAUAGCACAAAAAAUGACACAGGGACAAGCAGGAACACAGGACGGGCGGAAGGUGUAAGUGCCGCCCCCUCCUCCUCCCUCUUUCUGGCCUGUAUUCUUGGAAGAGAGACUUCCUUCCCUCGAGAACGAAUACGGAGAGGGGAGCAGUACACGGAGGGUGAAGGCAAGCUUGUCCCGACGAAAAGGUUGAAGGGGUUUUUGGGCUAAAAGCAUAAAGCGGGGUUCUGAAGGAACAUUAUCAGAUGGGAUUUCUGGUCUUGAAAGAGAGUGUGCAUUUUUGUCCGGAAUGGGAAAGAGUUUUGAAGACUACGUGUCUGCAGGAAUCUUGUGACGUCUUGGAAACUUUCUUCGUGUGCCUUACAGCGUUGAACAAGUCAAUGGGGAUGUCGACCCCACUAAUGUUAUUCAGCCUAUUGACGGCGUUUAAUACAGGGCUUGCAGCUCAAGUAGUAAAGCGCCUAGGUUUUCUGUUCCGUAGCAUCGAGUGUCCUGAAUUCGACGGUGUGUUUGUUGGGUUGGGGCAAGGGUAACUCAGCCUCCCCGUGUUUCUUCUGACACGAACUGCUUGUUUGUUUAACCCAAUAAAGACGGGCUUCUGUU